UUUGGCACGGAUUAGACAUUUGUUGUCUUAGUAGAUUUUGGUACAGUAGGAUUUUUUAGCGUCUGUCAUACGCUUCUAAAGUUAACCAUUUUUGAAGGAGCAGAUAUAUUAUACGCGAGGAAGAGUAACAAGAACUUCAAAUUGACAACUACAUUGUUGCGAAACCAAACUCAAACCGCGUCUUCUGAGGAACAACCGUAUCUACUUACUCGGAAGAGGACACCACGACCAAGAUGAGCAAGCCGCGACCGAGCAUUUUCGCAGUGCCCGAGGUGGACAUCAUCUGCGAGCCCGCCGGGCCGCCGAAUAAGUACCCGGAUGUGCUGGACCCGAUUCGCGAGGAGGCGAAGGCGGAGAAGCGAAGGCUGAUGGGAAAGUUCGCCCUCUACUUUGCCCCGCACACCGCCCAGCACGCGUUUGCGUACGAGCCCAACGCGUUCUCGUACGAGAUCAACAGCCCCGUGAAGCCGCACGCGUCCUACCCCCGGUUUCUGGUCUGCCACAUGUGCGGGGGCGGAUUCGGCCCGCAGUCGCUCGAGUUGCACUUGAAGGUGUGCGAGGAAAAGUGGGACGCGCAGGAGGCGCAGCGCGAGCCAGGCGAGCCGACUCGGGACAUCCCCAGCAGACCCAGCGUCACGCCAGCAGACCCAAAUAAUUGGACCAGAGGAGAAGUUGACGAAUACAACAAGCAGGCCACGGAAGCAUACAAUGAAAAUGGUAUGGAUCAUUUUUAUUUACGCGGAUAAAUCUCUACUCAAGAUAGAAUUUGCUCUCUAGAUGUACUUGUGCCUCUACUUGUAAAAAUUUCGCGGAAAAAUCAUUAUAGACAAUAUUUAUGUCGUUCCCUACAAAUAAAAAAAAUCCGAAAAAAUCGUUCCGAAACUACAGCCCUGUUCGAGUGUGAGAAAUGCGGAAGGAAAUUCAAUGAGGAGUCCUUCGCCGCGCACUUCAACGGUUGCGACAAAACCGCGGGCGGCAAUCCCAAGAUUUCUCCCUGCAACCUGUGCGGAAAAAUUCUUUUUGGCGACCAGCACCGGCUGUACCACACGCGAAAGUGUCGCUGCAACUUUUGGGACAUGCCGGUAUGCGGAAGAGCCAUCGGGCCGGCGUGCUACGUGUGCGGAAAGGAGUGCAGUUCCAAGAGUUUGGAUCGACACGUCGCCAUGUGCGAGAAGCAAUGGGUGGCGAGAGAAGAAAACAAAGUAUACUUCAUAUAUUGUUCAGACGAUAAUAGUAGUUGUAGUUGUACUAGUAGAUCAUCACAUUGAUUUUUGAACCACGCUACGAUAUGCUGGUCAUCUUCUCGCUUCAUGCGCGAUCACGACUUGGAUCUCAUUUUCGUUCAAACAAAUGCAUCUUUAUCUUUUCGAAGCGCGGGUCGAAAAUCUAAAUCUGCGAGUGCCCAGCGAAGCUGGUGUGGAUUGGUAAUGAUACGUUUUGUGUACCAGCCUAUGCGUAUGCCAUUAACGUCAUCUAUGUCGAUUAAUCGUUAAAUACCUGAUCCUUUCAGGUUUACCCCGACGACCGGCUCCCACUCCCUUCCAAAAUUGGGGGUUCCGGCGGUUGGGACGCGCAGAAGCAGGCUAUGCUGGGCUGCGGCGCGAUGAAGACCUGCGAGAACUGCGGCAAGAGCUUUUAUGCCGAAUCCUAUGAGAAGCACAUUCGCGGGUGCGGGCAGGAGCAGACGUUGGAAAACUUUCUGAAGCAGCAGAAGAACAAAACAAGGAAGCGCGAGCUGGUGCUCGGCUGCGAAGAUGGAUACUUCCGGAAGUACAACCCGAGACCCAGCGAGAAGGGCGUGUGUUGCUACAUCUGCGGCAGGAAAUUCGGGUACGCAAGCAUCGACAUCCACAUUAAGGCCUGCAUUCACGUUUGGGAGGAAAGGGAGAAUGCAAAGUCGGACCGCGAGGAGAAAAGGUACAAACAACUGCUCUUUAAAUACUGAUAUUCAUCGAUGAUGCAUUUUAUUUAUUCGCAGUGUGUUCGCCACGUAAUCAGAGUUUCAUUUUCGUGACGUCGCCGUGCUUCUGCGCUGAGAAGUUUAUCGUCGAACAUAAGCCUCACUGAGUGAGUCUCAGUCACAUGAAGAUGUAACUACUCAGCUUUUUGAUCAUGCUGCAUGUGUAGAUGCAUGAAAUUAAGAAGCGUUUGUCUUCGAAGAUUCGGAAACCUUGGUAAAAAUACAUAUGAAAACAGGCCCGUUCCGUCCCGGCCUCCUCAGUUUGACAGCUUCAAGUCGAAUGCCAUGUCCCUUGCGGAGUGGAAUAAGUGGGUCUUUGAGAACUGCGCGCUCUACGUUCCGUGCAAAAAUUGCAACCGCACGUUCUUGCCCGAACAGCUGGCCAAGCACCGUCGCGGCUGCAAACCGCAGGGCGCGCCCGCGGAGUGGCGAUGAAGAGCGGGAAAAAUCGUUCGUGGGUUCGAACAAGAAGUGUUUUGGCAAAAAAAACACGACGCGACAAUAUUAAUAUGCACCAAACUCAUCAUGCUUUUUCAGUACCCCUGGAAACAUGAAGAAACGUCUCGGCCUUUUACAAGUUUUACAAAAAGUUUGUUUGUUUUCAAUCAGUUCAUCAGUAGAAUUUUUACCACUUUACUAAAGUACGCAUAGGAAAGAUCAUGAACCACACAAACAUACUACAUAUAUUUUUUUGUCAUUUCGUUUCGAUCUUCUACAGCAAUACAAAUAAAAAUCAAGAUGGUACAGUAUCCACUUUUAUUUUCUUCUCAAUUCAAUUUCAACAAAGCAAAAAUUCCAAUUUACAAUUUACAAUAUAUUACAAGCAGUUUAUUAUUAUUCUUUUGUCAAGCGUUUGAUAUUCUACUCUCAGAACCACCACUAGAAACCGAUGAAUGUGGGCAAGGUUUAGAACUUCUAUCUGGGGAAAAAUAAAAAAGCGUAGUAUGUCAGAAGUUCUGUACCCCAGAAUUGAGUUCGGAAAAGAUAUUUUAUUACGACGGGUAAAAGAUAUUUUGCACGAUUCGCUCGCGAUUUGGGCUGGGAGUUUGUUUUUUAGUAGAAAUAUCAAGUCGAACAAAUUCAAGUUUUCUCGUUUGAUGAGUUUCUUUUGUCCUGUCUACCCGACAGAGCAAAGUGAUUCAAAUGGUUCUGCUCUACUUUAUUUCCCACCACAGGCACACCCCUAACCCCUUCUCCGCAGAACGACCCCAAUCUCCUAUGCAAAGCACCACCACGACGACCCGACGUGCUCUUGCUCGUCAUAGCCAUGACCAUGAAAAGCAAAUUUGUCUACCCCGCUGAAGAAUUUGAAUUUUGUCCCAAAGUAGACACGGAAACCCUCCAGGAAAGGCUCACAAAGUCAUCUUAAUGUCAUUUACGAAUCACUGGCACCUUGUUGCCAGUAAGUACGAAAGAAAUAUGUUAACCGGGUCGUCAUGACUGUGUUCCAGCCGGUAAGGCAAGUGGCG